AUGGGGCGGGACAGAUCAAAAUCUAGUUCAGACUCCGACGACUAUUAUCGAGAGAAAAAAAGAAAGGAGGAAUCCCAUCGACGCCGCGAUGAAAGACACCGUGACUCGGACAGAGAACGGGAUCGUAGAAGAAGAAGUCGUUCACGAUCAAAUUCGUCUCGUCAUCGGAGACCAGACGGACAUCAAAGAGGGCGUAGUAGUAGACAUGGAUCUGAUUAUGUAGAUUCUUCGUUAUCACGAUCAUCAGUGGCAAGCCAUUUCGCAACUCCUCCAAUUGAUGUUGGCGACUUUGAGAAUUGGGUGAACAUACUGGCAAAAGUUGAUCAAAGCGAGGAUGUAGAGUAUGCUCGAGAGAAGUACAAAUCAUUCCUUUUGAGAUAUCCUAAUUGCUAUGGAUUCUGGCAGAAGUAUGCGGAAUAUGAAAAGAAGAUGGGCAACAUUGGAGAAGCAAAAAAAAUUUGGGAGCAAGGUAUUCUCAGUAUUCCUCUGUCGAUUGAUCUUUGGCUGGGAUACUUGGCAGACGUGAAAAGCAUCAAAACCUUCCCACCGGAAUCGCUCAGAGAAGUGUAUGACAAAGCGAUUGAUAUUGCCGGUGAGGAGUAUCAAAGUGAUCGUCUUUGGCUUGAGGCGAUCGGGUUCGAAAGAGCGAUUUACAUUGACCAGCUCUGCAAGCAAACUGGAAAAGCAGACUGUCGUAGAAUUGGCGUUUUGUUUGACAGACUUCUCUCAACACCAACGUUACAUGCUCAGUCUCAUCUGGAACGUUAUGUUCAGUACUUAAACACCGUUGAACCACACUUGCUUUUGAGCGACCGGGAAUACGAUGAUAUUUUGAGAAUGACAUGCAAGGCACUAGGCAAACCGGCCGAAGAGCUUGUUCACCAAGUUCAAUUGAGCUACAUCUGCCAACCCACUGAAAAUGGCAUGCUGAACAUCGUAGCAGAGCCAGGAGAAGGAACCUACCCAAUCACAGUGAACAGUGCCCAACAUGAUCCAACUGCUCUUCAAUUUAUGCGUACUGAGAUUAUCGCUCGACGCAACGAGAUUUUCUUGAGAAACAUGGAAGAGUGUAAACUUCGGUCCCCAUUCGAACUCAACAUCAAGAGACCGUAUUUCCACGUCAAGCCACUGGAUUAUCCGCAGCUAGUCAAUUGGAUGGCCUAUUUGGACUUCGAGAUUGGACAAAACAAUGAGAAACGUAUCAGUGUUUUAUUCGAUAGAUGUCUCAUUCCAUGUGCUCUCUAUGAGGAGUUUUGGAUUAAGUAUGCUCGAUGGUCAUGGAAAAACACUAAAUCCAGAACAAAGACUCGAGAUAUCUACAAAAAGGCUAAAACUCAUUGUCCUACUUCAAUGAAUUUGGCUCUUAGUGAGGCUGGUUUUGAAGAAUCUAUGGAUAACUUCGAUGCAGCUCUUCGCAUCCUUGACAGUUUCCGUCAGGAAUACCCUGGAUAUGUGCUUCUUGAACUACGUUAUCUUGGUACUCUUCGGCGAAAAUCGGAUAAUGAGAAACACGCCCCCGCUACAGAUUACGUUGUCAAUCAAUAUGAAUCUCUCAUAAAAGAUUCCCAGUCAUCCCCAAAUCUUCAUUCAUUUUAUAGUCUUAAACUUGCGAGAUAUCAAUUAAAAGCAAAAAGUAACCCCAGUCUAGCGCAGAAGGUGUUGAAGAAAGCCAUGUCGAUAGAUCCGUUCAAUUUGCAAUUGUACAGUCAAUACGUAGAUGUCGCCUACUCUUCUGAUUCAAUGACGGAGGUAGAUAUCAUUCGCGCUUUUGACGUUGCACUCGAAAGUAACCUGCGCCUCGAAGACAGAAUUCGAUUCAGCCAGAGAAAACUUGAUUACUUGGAGGAGCUUGGAAGUAACAUUCAUGCAAUCGAAGAUCAUCGAGAUUAUCAUUAUCAUCUCCUUGGCCAGCUUCCGGAUAGUGUUACCAUUCGAACUCGGUUUGUUAAUGAUCCAAACAGAGCAACUUUGGUUCAGCAAGCAAUGCCUCCCCAACAGGCAAUGGUUUAUACUCCUCAAAUGCAGCCUCCUACUAUAAAUAUGAUGCCAAUGAUGCAAAUGCAACCACCAAUUGCAUUCGUAAACCAAGCUUCCCCUGCCGUCCAACUGACACUAAUCGAGCCAACGACUUCCACGAUUUAUCUUCUCCUUCUUUCUUGUUCCGAGAGAAGAAGGGAGGAGCUGGCGCCUUCAAAGCCAACCUCGGAGCACACUCUCUGUUCCUCCAACUGUCUGUCCUUUGCUCUCGCCCUGACCCCUCAAUACUGUCCAGCUCCAAGCAGCAAAUAA